AUGUUUCAAACACCGAAUCUAAAUGUGUUCGUAAAUAAUUUUCUUGGGUUCGUUCAAACAUCAAGUUAUUUGCCUUGGGUAAAAUGGUUACUUCGACUGUUCGCUUUGUCUCAAGCAAUUUCACCAACUGGAUGGCCAAAAUCUUACGACUUACGUGAUGGCGACAGGUUUGAUUUUGUGGUAGUGGGCGCUGGAAGUGCUGGCGCUAUUUUAGCCGCGAGGCUGAGUGAAGUGCCACAUUUCAGUGUGCUGCUACUAGAAGCUGGAGGUGAUCCGCCUCCUGCGAGUGUGGCUCCUAGUUUAUUUGGGACACUCGCUCACACGAAGUACGAUUGGGAUUAUCGAGCACAACUCGACAAAAACGUGGGCGCAGUUCACCCGGAUGGUGUAAUUUACAUGACUCGCGGAAAAAUGCUCGGCGGAUGUUCAUCGAAUAACUAUGAAGUUUAUGCGAGAGGAACACCUAAAGAUUACGAUGAAUGGGGGCAAGUAGCCCCUGGAUGGGAGUGGGAUUCAGUGUUGCCUUAUUUCAAGAAGCUAGAGGGUUUCAAAGACCCUGCCGUUACAGAAAAUCCAGAUCAUGCCUACUUACAUUCCACUGAUGGUCCUGUAGCAAUAACUAGGCCACAAACUAAUAGCUAUUUUAACGAAGUAAAUGAGAUCGUACUAAAAUCUUACGAAGAAAUGGGCAUAAAGAGGAUAUUGGAGCUUAACGGCCCAGAAUCACUUGGUGCAGCUCAACCACAUUAUACUUUUGCUAAUGGAAGAAGAUCUAGUACGGCAGAAGCAUACUUGAGACCAGUUAGAGAUAGGUAUAACUUAAAAGUCACAAAAUAUGCUAGAGUGACUAAAGUCUUAAUCGAUGAUUUAAGACUACGAGCUUCCGGAGUUGAAAUAUUUCUUGGAGGUAAAAAGAUAAAUGUCUUUGCAAAUCUAGAAGUAAUUGUUUCGGCUGGAGCUAUCGAUACUCCAAAGCUUUUGAUGUUGUCUGGAAUUGGACCGAGAGAAGAGUUAUUGAAAUUUGGGAUACAUGCUAUUGUCGAUUUACCUGUGGGUAGAAAUCUCCAAGACCACCUUUACGUGCCGAUUGUUUUUACUGGGAAAAAAGGCAUACAAAGUAUAGUACAGAAUCUACUAGUCCCUACUGAAUUGGACAGUUACCCUGUACCAUCACAAUCAGGUUACUUUAGUGUUAAACAAUCAUAUGUUCUGCAACGACCACAGUUUCAAAUAUUUAAUAUACGUAUUGGAGCAACUGCAUCGCCGAUAAUUUUAUUUGGCCUUCGAACGUUAGCAAAUUUCGAUGAACCAUUUUCAUAUUCAAUUAGCAAAGCUAACAAAGAUCGGGAAAUUGACGUAACUUCAGUUCUUCUUUUACAUCCUCGUUCAAGAGGUGAAGUUGUGUUAAGUAGUAGCAAUCCAUUUGAUGAUCCUUUAAUAAAUAUGGGUUAUUUUAGGAAUGAAGAAGAUGUACAGACUACACUGGAGGGGCUCAAAUAUAUGUUACAAUAUUCCAACACGUCCUAUUAUAAAAACAAUGGCGGAGGAAUCGCAAAAUUGGAUGUUACAGCAUGCAAACAACUUAAAUGGGGGUCUGAUGAUUACUGGCGUUGCUAUGUGCAAAAUACAGUUGGAUCAAUGCUCCAUCCAGUUGGAACUUGCAAAAUGGGACCCAAAGGAGUGGUGGAUGAAAAACUGCGAGUGCAUGGGAUUUUUGGGUUGAGGGUAGCAGACACUUCCAUAAUGCCAAGAAUCCCAGGUGGAAACACAAAUGCCCCCGCCAUGAUGAUUGGUGAAAAAGCUGCCGAUAUAAUUAAGAUCGAUUAUAAUGCAAUUUACAAAAAUAGUUAA